CGUGAAUCCGUGAUCCGCCACGUAAGGGCCUGCGUGUCUGCGGUGCUGGCUUGUUGAGACGGGGCUUUUUAAAAUCUGAGAGACCUGGGCUCACAUCCAGCGUCUGCCAGGAAGCGGGCAGGAUAAUCUAGGGGCGACUCGGAUACGCACCUGUAAAAUGAGGCUAUUAUUAACCUGUUGUUGUUAGGUGCCAUGCAGUCUGCUUCUGACUCACAGCGACCCUGUGUACAACAGAAGGAAAACACUGCCCGCUCCUGCGCCGUCCUCACAAUCGUUGCUGUUUUGAGCCCGGCUUUCCAGCCACUGUCAUCAUAUAGUAUAACCUCUAGCGUCGUUUUCUGUGUUAAAUAGGAUAGUUUAUACAAAGUAUGACAAAGACUAAAUAAAGGCGAGCUGCUUUUAUUAUUACAAGGCAUGCUGUUCUUUUCGUUUUUGAAUCAUUUAAUCAUAGAACCGCCCUUCUCAUCGGUAUUACCAUCUUCAUUUUAAUAAAAAGGUUCAGAGAAAGAUUGACUUACCUGGUAUUCCAGUUAGUAGGAGCCCUGGCGCAAUGGUUAAGUGCUCAAGUGCUAGGCUGCAAACUGACAGCUUGGCGGUUGGAACUCACUAGCGCCUGGGGGUGGGGUGGGUGGAGAAAGACCUAGCCCUCUGCUCCCAUAAAGACUACAGCCUAGGAAACCUUAUGGGGCAGUUCUAUCUUUCAUAUAGUGUCACUGAGUGAGAAUUGACUCGAGGGCACACAGUAACAACAAUAGAAUAGGUUAAUGAGUUGGGAUUUAAAUUCUCAUUGGUUUGUAGUUCCUGCUCUUACCUACACUAAAAUUUACAGUCUUAGGUUGUUAUUCAGCACAGUAGUUGUCCCUGAACACCACUAGAACAUAACUGAGGAAUGUAAUGGACCUAAUCCUACCAUGUAGCCAUUCUAUUUCCAGAUAUUCUUGGGGAAUCCUCAGAAUCCUUGGGUCAAAAGGCUAAGUAUGCCCUUCCUGAUCCUUCAGCAUGUCUUCUCAGAGGACUGUUAAGGAGAACAUGUAAAUUGAAACCUAAAUUUGAGGCCUCAAUUUUAAAUUUUACUGGAGAAACUGGGAAUUCUUUUCAGGCCAGAGAUUAGAUUAGAGAGGGUAUGGAACAGACUUUUAGAAAACUACAAUUCAUCUAAUACUUCAUAUUUUGCAAGUGAUAGAAUGUCUCUGGUGAUAACUGAGCUUAUUGAUUAGGCAUCGGUUAAGUGCUAGGCCAGCUGGAAUUGGUUUCUGCUGCAUAUGAGAAGAACCUCAGGAUUAUGGCAUCUAGUUGCCUUUGCUACGUGUAUGAAGUGUCUGAUUCGGGAUUAUGGUGCUCAGUUGUUAUUUUAGUAGAUACUAGGUUUGUGCCAAUGUCAGCAGACUAGAUGGUCGUGUCAGAGUUCAUCAAGGCCUAAUUAAAUUUUACAUUAAGCUUAUCUCAAGAUUCAAGGGGACAGUGAAUUCCAGGGCACUGUCUUGGAUUUGUGGCUCUAGGUGAAUGCUUAUAGAAUCAAAAUGGUACAUGAAGUGGUGUUUAAGAUUAUCAUAUUCUGCCUUGUUUUAAAGAUAAUAAACUUGAAGCUAAGACAGUAACUAGGUUUGUUAGUAGCAGAGCCUAGGGUAGUGCCGAAGUCUUCAGGUCCACUAUAUCAUAUUUAAGUCAAAACGAUGUUCUUAGAAAAAUGAUUUUGAGAAGGAGAAGAAAUAUCUCAUUUUUGAGAGCUUCCAAAGGACUUUUCUUACCUUGUGGAGUUUAUCAUGUUCAUAGGAAAAAUUGUUAUGAUGUAAUUUAAACACCUUUCCAUAUCAAUAAAUAUUCUCUUAACAUCAUUUGUAAUGCUGGCAUAGGAUUCCAUCCUUUGGAUAUAUUAAACACCUUGCUUAACUAAUCUGUUGUUAUUGGAUGUUUAAGUUUUCAGUUUUUUUGUGUGUUACUCAGUAAAUGGACACAUGAUUUUCAAAACAGCCAAUAGGAAAGAAAUGUUGCCUCAUUCAAUAAAAAUGUCCUAGGUUCAUUAAGGCUAUAUCAGAGUCACCAAUGGACAGGUGGGUACUCCAUCAUGGUCCUUCCUGUUCCUUUUGAUGAGUCAAAGGGACAUUUUCCCAGAGGAAAUCUUUCACUGAAAUGUAUGGAAAUUUCUCACAGGUGACUCCUGGAGGUGGAAGAUAAGAUCUUUUAUGACUUCUGCCUUCCAACUUCCCCUGCUCUGGCUUCAUAGUUUCUAGCCUUUUCCAAGAGCAGCAGAAAAAUGAACAAAUUUCAGGGAUCCAUGACAUUCAAGGAUGUUCUUGUGGAAUUCACUCAAGAGGAGUGGCGACUACUGAACCCUGCUCAGAGGACCCUGUACAGGGAUGUGAUGCUGGAAAACUAUAGUCAUCUAGUCUCAGUGGGUUAUGUGACUAAGCCAAGUAAGGUCUUCAAGUUGAAGCAAGGAAAAGAGCCAUGGAUAUUAGAGGUAGAAUCACCACGUCAAGGCUACCCUGAAGGCCUAUGGGAUAUUGAUGACCUAGGAACAAGGUACCAAGAAAGACAAGCUGAAAAUUCAAGGAAUGGAGAACUCACAAAACAUCGGAAAACUUGUACCAGAGAGAAAACCUGGGAUUGUAAUGAAUGUGGAAAGUCCUGCCAGAAAUCUGCCCUCAUACUACAUCAGCGUACUCAUUCAGAGGACAAACAACAUGAACAUAGUGAACGUGGGAAAUCUUCCUCUAGGAAUGGAAACGUCGCAAUACAUCAGAAAACUCACACCAGAGAGAAAACCUAUGAAUGCAAAGAAUGUGAGAAAACCUUCUAUCACCUGUCAUCUCUCAGUAGACAUAUGAGAACUCAUGUAGGGGAGAAACCCUAUGAAUGUAAUCAGUGUGAGAAAACCUUCUACCAGAAGCCACACCUUGUAGAACAUCAGAAAACACACACAGGGGAGAAACCCUAUGAAUGUAAGGAAUGUGGAAAGUUCUUCUAUGUGAAGGCAUACCUCAUGGUACAUGAGAAAACACACACAGGGGAGAAGCCCUAUGAAUGUAAAGAAUGCAGGAAAACCUUUUCCCAGAAGUCACACCUCACAGUGCAUCAGAGAACACACACAGGGGAGAAACCCUAUAAAUGCAAGGAAUGUGGGAAAUCCUUCUCUAGGAAUACACAUCUCAAAACCCAUCAGAGAACUCACACAGGAGAGAAACCAUAUGAAUGUAGUGAGUGUAAAAAAUCCUUCUACCAGAAGUCAGCCCUCACAGUACAUCAGCGAACCCACACAGGAGAGAGACCCUUUGAAUGUAAUAAAUGUGGAAAAAACUUUUAUUAUAAAUCAGAUCUCACUAAACAUCAGAGAAAACACACAGGGGAGAAGCCUUAUGAAUGUCAUGAAUGUGGUAAAUCUUUCUCUGUGAAUUCAGUCCUCAGAUUACAUCAGAGGACUCACACAGGAGAGAAACCCUAUGAAUGUAAGGAAUGUAUGAAAUGCUUCUCUCAGAAGUCACACUUUAUUGUACACCAGAGAAAACACACAGGAGAGAAACCCUAUGAAUGUGAGGAGUGUGGGAAAACCUUUAUCCAGAGGUCAAAACUCACAGUACAUCAAAAGACACACACAGGGGAAAAAUAGUAUGAAUUAGAAAAUUCAUCCUGCCUGAAUUUGUUCUUCUGAAUAAUCAGAAAAUUCCACACAAGAGGUUAAUCUUAUGAAUAUUAUCAACGUGGGAAUAUUUUCAGCCACAGUCUUUCAGGAGACACACAGAGAAAAAUUCUGUGAAUUUAUAAAAGAGAAAGUUUACCAUACUUUACUAAAUAUCCGAAAACAUGGAUGGCAGAAACCCUACAAAUGUAAAACACGAGGAAGACCCUUGUUUCAGAAGUCAAGCCUUAUUAUACAACAUAGAUACCACACAGGAGGGAAAUCCUAUAAAUAAAAUUAGUCAUAAAAUUUUCUGCCGGGUCAGCCAUUACUAAACAUCUGAGAACUCACAUGGAUGAGAAAUUCCUGUCAGUAUCGUGAGUAUUCAGAAAUCUUUAUGCACAAGUCAGAUUCAUAUAUUAGAGAACUCAAGGGAGAUAAAUGCAAAAAUUGUGACAAAUACAGAAGCCUUUAUCAAGAAGCGAUAUUUCAUUGAAUGUCAGAUUAUUGAUACUGGGAUAAAACCUUUAUAGAUAUUUUAAAUAUGUGAAAGCUUUUUAACAAAAAUUCAAAGAUAAUAUGUACUGAGGGAAACAGUUAUACUAGAAGUUAUGUUCCAGAUCUGAUUCCCAGUUUUUUUUGUUUUAAAGAAACUUGCAAAUGUCUAGACAUAUGAAGCUUUUUUUAAGCACAAAUAAAUUGAAUAAUCAGGCAACAGCAUUUAGCACAGGUAAAGAGUCCUUUAGUAUGUAGGACUUACGUGUGUGUGUUACAUUGUAUGUUUGAUAUGCAUGUGAACCCAUCCAUGACUGUGCAUAGGAAAUAUGUAACCUUAGUUCAGUGUUAUUAUUAUUAUUAUUACUAUUAUUAUUAGUAACUAUUAGGUGUAUGAAGAUGCUUCAUUUUAAAUCUCAGCAGUGACUCCUGUUGUUGAUACAAAACAUGCACUUUAAGUGAUAUAUUCUUUUAAAAUUAUAAUGCAUCCUUCUCUCUUAUUUCCUGCCAAAUAAAUGGAUUUGGAUAUUGUUACUAAAUCCUUCAAAAAGAAGCUAUAAAAAUGUUUCUGUAAAACUUCCAACUGCCUCAUCAGCAACCAAAUUUUGCAUGAGGGACUGAUUUAUUUAUAACAAAAGUCUGAGUUGAUACCUUUAUAUGCUGCUGAAAACAGCAAUAUUUAUUGCACUCUACAGAGUAAAAGUAGUGCUGUGUAAAAUGUAAUGCUGAUGAUUUAGCAGGGUGCAAAGCUGUCUGCCUUUGUAUUUAGUAUGAGAGUCCUAAAUGUUCUUCACUGCCUUUUUCUAACUAGUAUAAGCAACAUGGUAUAGUGGGUAAGAGUGUGGACUUUGGACACCUGCCUAGGCUUAGAUUCCUGAAUGGGGCAUACUACUUAACCUCUCUGUGCCUCAGUUUCCUUUUCUAUAAAAGAGUAAUGAUAGUAACAACAUCUCUGGAUGUUUUGAGGCCUAAAUGAGUUAAUAUUGUUAAAGCACUUAGAAUAGUGUGUGGGAUACAGGAAGAGCUGUAUGUUAGAUAUUAUCAUUAUAAUUCAUCUUUCUUGUGUUACAUUGCACUUUUUUUUCUGUUACACCCCCACUUUAUUGCUAGUAGUGCCUUGAUUUUUUGUGAUUGUCCAUUUCUCCCAUAAAUGAUUUGGGAGCAAAUCCUAAUUAGUUUAAGUCAAGGGUUGGCAAACUACAGCCCAUGGGCCAGAUAUGGCUAAUUGCCCAUAUUUGUAGUCUGCAAGCUAAGAAUGGUUUUACAUUUUUAAAUGGUUGAAAAAAAUAUUUUGUGAUGUGAAAAUUAUUUGAAAUUUAGUAUCCAUAAAUAAGGUUUUAUUAGAACAAUAAUGCAAAACAACAUUUAUUUAUGACUUGUGUAGAGCUGCCUUCACUGUACAGUGGCAUAAUUGAGCAGUUGUGACAUAGACCAUCAUAUGGCCUACCAUGCCUAAGGUAUUUAUGAUCUAGCCCUUUACAAAAUAAAUUUGUCAACCCGUGGUCUAAGCUAAUCAUGGCAAGCCUAUUAUCAAUGAUUGGUUUAUGGUGGGCAUAUGACAUCAGUCUGGCCAAUAAAGUAUUUAAGACGUAUUCUGAGGUACUUAGGGGGAAAGUUACCUUACUGAUAGCAAGAGAGACAUAUGUUACCGCCAUGUCUGGACAUGGUGCCUCAUUGCAUCUUAUUACUCCCUAAGGCUAGAAGGACAGAAAAGUGCCAAGAACUUAGAUGAAUGAUGAUGACACUAAAGUGUUGAAUUUCCCAACCCUUGAGCUACAUAUAGUAUUUAGGGAAUUUUUGUGAUGUUAGAUCAUAGAUUUUCUGAAAAUUUUUACAGCAAAUUAGGCUGAAGUUUUCUGUUAUAUAGAGCUGAAAAACAUUGCAACUAAUGUAGAAGUAUACUUUUAUAAAUGUUACGUGUUUCAGAAAUGAUGCAUGCAGCAAUUUGUGGGUGGGUAAUUUUUUUUUUGAAGUAUAUGUAUAUGUUAAAAACCUACGUAUUAGAAAUAAAUAAAAUUAUUUUUUUCAAAGAUAUGUGUUUUUUACUUGCUGAAUUUUCAUAACAUCAAAAUAAGAAAUUUCCUGAUGGCACAGCAGUAAAUGUAUUAAGUAAACAUUGUCUGAAUUGAUAAUUAUUCCCUCCCCACAGUAUUACUUUAGUUUAGUCCAAAUCAAUAUCCAUUUUUCUCUAUUUUAAUUUUCUCACUGUCUCAUGAUAAAAUGUCAUCUUUAUGUCAUACUUAGCUAACAUAACUACUUAGAAUAUCCAAAUCCACCAUCCACAUAUACUAAUAACCUAUAAAAUUAUUUUAUUGCCUGCAUUUCAUGUAAUUGUCACGUUGUUCCAGUCUAAAUCCUGCCACCUUACGUCCUCUUCCUGAUAAAGAUUGCUUUCUUGUGUUCAGCCUCUCAAGCAUACCUGACUUGUCUGAUGUUUAAUACUGAUUAACACCUUGUGUGCUGUUGAGUUGAUUACAACUCAAUGACCCCAUGUGACACAGAAGAACUGCCCCAUAGAAUUUUCUUAGGUGUAAUCUUUAC